CCGUCCGCCCUCUCCAUGAGGCUGCUGGCGCCCGGCCGCGCGGCACCGACGCGGGGAGCGCGCCUCGCGCUGACUCAGCGGCGGCGUUAGCCGGCCCUAGCGCUCUUUCCCUUCCUGGGGCGCUGACUCCGCCCGCCUGCUCGGUAGCCUACCCGCCCGGCGCCACGCAGGAGAAGGUGCCAGGGGACGCAGAGCAGCGGGAGGCGCGCGGCCCCGGCCCCUCCAUCUCCUGCGUGGGCGCUGCGGCCGCCGCAGAGGACUACAGCGACGAGGACCCUCGGGAGUGCAGGCGGCAUGGAGCGAUAGGAAGAUGUUUGUGGAUUCUUCUGUGGGAUCAGAGGGCACGCCUAUCAUAACCGGGAAACUCCAAGUAUAGCAGUGAGGAUGGAUGAACAGGCUCUUUUAGGGCUAAAUCCAAAUGCUGAUUCAGAUUUUAGACAAAGGGCCCUGGCCUAUUUUGAACAGUUGAAGAUUUCCCCAGAUGCUUGGCAGGUGUGUGCAGAAGCUCUAGCCCAGAGGACAUACAGUGAUGAUCACAUAAAAUUUUUCUGCUUUCAAGUACUAGAACAUCAAGUUAAAUACAAAUACUCAGAACUAACCACUGUUCAGCAACAGCUAAUUAGGGAGACGCUCAUAUCUUGGCUUCAAGCGCAGAUGCUGAAUCCCCAACCAGAGAAGACCUUUAUACGAAAUAAAGCAGCCCAAGUCUUCGCCUUGCUUUUUGUUACAGAAUAUCUCACAAAAUGGCCCAAGUUUUUUUUUGACGUUCUCUCAGUAGUGGACCUAAAUCCGAGAGGAGUAGAUCUGUACCUCCGAGUCCUCAUGGCCAUCGACUCAGAGCUCGUGGACCGUGACGUCGUGCACACGUCAGAGGAGGCUCGUAGAAAUACUCUCAUAAAAGAUACCAUGAGAGAACAAUGCAUUCCAAAUCUAGUGGAAUCAUGGUACCAAAUACUACAGAAUUAUCAGUAUACUAAUUCAGAAGUGACAUGUCAGUGCCUUGAAGUAGUUGGGGCUUAUGUCUCAUGGAUAGACUUGUCUCUGAUAGCCAAUGAUAGGUUUAUAAAUAUGCUGCUAGGUCAUAUGUCAAUAGAAGUUCUCCGGGAAGAAGCAUGCGACUGUUUAUUUGAAAUUGUAAAUAAAGGAAUGGACCCUGUUGAUAAAAUGAAACUAGUAGAAUCUUUGUGUCAAGUAUUACAGUCUGCUGGAUUUUUCAGCAUUGACCAGGAAGAAGAUGUCGACUUCCUGGCCAGAUUUUCUAAGCUGGUAAAUGGCAUGGGACAGUCGCUGAUAGUUAGCUGGACUAAAUUAAUUAAGAAUGGGGAUAUCAAGAAUGCUCAAGAGGCAUUGCAAGCGAUUGAAACAAAAGUGGCGCUGAUGCUGCAGCUCCUGAUCCAUGAGGAUGAUGACAUCUCUUCCAACAUUAUUGGGUUUUGUUACGAUUAUCUUCAUAUUUUGAAACAGCUUACAGUGCUCUCGGAUCAGCAGAAAGCUAAUGUAGAGGCAAUCAUGUUGGCCGUUAUGAAAAAAUUGACUUAUGAUGAAGAAUAUAACUUUGAAAAUGAGGGUGAAGAUGAAGCCAUGUUUGUAGAAUACAGAAAACAACUGAAGCUGUUGCUGGACAGGCUGGCUCAGGUCUCCCCGGAGCUGCUGUUGGCGUCUGUUGGCAGAGUGUUUAGCUCUACAGUGCAGAACUGGCAGACCACGCGGUUCAUGGACGUGGAAGUGGCGAUAAGGUUGCUGUAUAUGUUGGCUGAAGCUCUUCCCGUGUCUCACGGUGCUCAUUUCUCAGGGGACAUUUCCAAAGCUAGUGCUUUGCAGGAUAUGAUGCGAACUUUGGUAACGUCAGGAGUCAGUUCCUAUCAGCAUACGUCUGUGACAUUAGAGUUCUUUGAAACAGUUGUUAGAUAUGAGAAGUUUUUCACAGUCGAACCUCAACACAUUCCAUGUGUACUAAUGGCUUUCUUAGAUCACAGAGGUCUGCGGCACUCCAGUGCAAAAGUCCGGAGCAGGACUGCGUACCUGUUUUCUAGAUUUGUCAAAUCUCUCAAUAAACAAAUGAAUCCUUUCAUUGAAGAUAUUUUGAAUAGAAUACAAGAUUUAUUAGAGCUUUCUCCACCUGAGAAUGGUUACCAGUCCUUGCUGAGCAGUGAUGACCAGCUGUUUGUCUAUGAGACGGCUGGAGUACUGAUUGUCAGCAGUGAGUACCCAGCUGAGAGGAAGCAGGCCCUAAUGAGGAAUCUGUUGGCCCCACUGAUGGAGAAGUUUAAAGUUCUGUUAGAGAAGUUGAUGCUGGCACGAGAUGAAGAAAGGCAGGCCUCUCUAGCAGACGGUCUCAACCAUGCAGUGGGGUUUGCCAGUCGAACCAGCAAAGCUUUCAGCAACAAGCAGACUGUGAAACAAUGUGGCUGUUCAGAAGUUUAUCUGGACUGCUUACAGACAUUCUUGCCAGCCCUCAGUUGUCCCUUACAAAAGGACAUUCUCAGAAGUGGAGUUCGUACUUUCCUUCAUCGAAUGAUUAUUUGCCUAGAGGAAGAAGUUCUUCCAUUCAUCCCAUCUGCCUCAGAACACAUGCUCAAAGAUUGUGAAGCGAAAGACCUCCAGGAGUUCAUUCCUCUUAUCAACCAGAUUACAGCCAAAUUUAAGGUGCAGGUGUCCCCGUUCCUGCAGCAGAUGUUCAUGCCCCUGCUGCACGCCAUCUUCGAGGUGCUGCUGCGGCCGGCAGAGGAGAACGACCAGUGUGCGGCGCUGGAGAAGCAGAUGCUGCGCCGCAGCUACUUUGCAUUCCUGCAGACAGUCACGGGCAGCGGGAUGAGCGCUGUCAUCGCCAACCAGGGUGCAGAGAAUGUGGAAAGAGUGCUGGUCACUGUUAUCCAAGGAGCAGUUGAAUAUCCAGAUCCAAUUGCACAGAAAACGUGUUUUAUCAUCCUCUCAAAGUUGGUAGAACUCUGGGGAGGUAAAGAUGGACCAGUGGGAUUUGCUGAUUUUGUUUAUAAGCACAUCGUGCCUGCGUGUUUCCUGGCACCUUUGAAGCAGACCUUUGACCUGGCGGAUGCGCAGACAGUGCUGAGUCUUACUGUACCGCCCUGGGUAGAGUGCCAUGACAUCACACAGCUCACAGCAACCUCUAACUCUUGGGCUUACGCGAUUCUCCUGCCUCAGCCUCCUGAGCAUCUGGGACUACAGGCUUUAUCUGAGUGUGCAGUGACGCUGAAAACCAUUCAUCUCAGACGGGACAUGAAGCAGCUUUCCUGGAUUUCGGGAUCCAUAUUUCAUGGUCUGGCCGUAGACUUCCUUCCAGCCAGACGCCUUGGCCACUCCGCAUCGCAGAGGGGCCCAGAGUGUGUUCAGUAUCUUCAACAAGAAUACCUGCCCUCCUUGCAAGUAGCUCCAGAAAUAAUUCAGGAGUUUUGUCAAGCGCUUCAGCAACCUGAUGCGAAAGUUUUUAAAAAUUACUUAAAGGUGUUCUUCCAGAGAGCAAAGCCCUGAGGACUGGACCACCCUGUGUGCACUACCUGAUCAAGAAUUCCAGUUAAUUAUUUAUAAAGAAGUGACUUUUGUGUGCCAUUCUUACUGGUCUUUUUAACAUUGUUUUGAGCUUCUUACAGUAUGUGUAUUGGGAUUUUUCUGUAAAAUGGGUAUAAUUUUCCCUGAACACAGGUAUGUGACAACAAGAGAAGUUGUGUGCAUGCCAACUCAGAUUCUUCUAUAUGAAAAUGCUGUUGAAAGACACAGCAGUUAUCUUAGUACCUUAAUUUUUUUAUUUGAAACUUUAAGUCAAGUCCUUUUUAAGACUAUAGCCGUGGAAAACAGUGUACUUUUUAAAAAAUUGCUGAAUAUAAAAUGUUUGAAAAAUAUAAUUUUCUUUUAUGUGUGCAAACACAUAAAGUAUGGGGGGUAUAACAAUCAAAACUAAUUUUUUUGUAGAUAGCCAUUACAUUUCUUUAAACUGUCUCAAUGCCAAUGUGUAUUCUACAAAAGAAAAUGGUUUCAUAAAUUAAUUGAUUUAAAAGUAGGUGCCGGUGUUAUACAUUUUUUUAUAAAAAAUAAAAUAAAUUUUAUGUAG